UGGGACAGUAAAGGCCACAUGCAUAUGACUCUGUGGAGAACGAGAAAACCUCUGGAGAGAGAAAUGGGGGAGGACACACAAGACGGAACCCCAGGGAGCUGGUUCAUGGUCACAAUUCCUUCUGGGAUAAAGUAUGACAGGACAUGGCUAAUGAACUCAAUCCAGAGCCACUGCAGUGACCCCUUCACUCCAGUGGACAUAAGAGAGGAUGCCGAAGCCAGACGCUUCCACUUUAUGCAAAAUGGGGCUCAGUUCUUUGUCCAGGAAGCUAGCACUGCCUCUGCAUUGAUGGAUGUCAGCUUCAAGAUUUUUGACGAGGAGAGCCGAAAGGUGUGCAUACCUGUCUUUGUCAGCCCCUCCGCUGUUCCCUACUCUGUGCGGGAUAAGUUGAAGCCAGAAGAAAUGGAGCAGCUAAAGCUGACCUUGAGCAAACGAUUUGAUGUCUCCCAGCAAGCUCUUGAACUCCAGAGGCUCCGCCUUGACCUAGACUUGGUGUACUCUGAUAUUGAUAUAAUUCUGAAUCAAAGAAGCUGCAUGGCCGCCACCCUGCAGAUCAUCGAAAAGAAUUUCCCUGAGCUGUUGUCCUUGAACUUGAGCAGCAACAGACUGUACCAGCUGGAUGGUGUGUCUGACAUUAUACAGAUGGCCCCCACGGUCAAGAUCCUGAACCUCCCCAAAAAUAAGCAAAAGUCUGUGUGGGAGUUGAGCAAGAUGCAAGGGCUGAAGCUUGAAGAGCUGUGGCUGCAAGGGAACACACUGUGCGGCACCUUCCCAGACCAGUCCACCUAUGUAAGGGCCGUCAGAGAAUGUUUCCCAAAGUUGUUACGCCUGGAUGGCCAGGAGUUACCGUUACCAGUUACCAUUGAUGUUGACACUCCCUACAUAGUAAAGCCCUGCAAGCGCAGCUUCCUUGGAUCUGAUGAGCUGAAGAGCCUAGUCCUGCAAUUCCUGCAGCAGUACUACUUGAUCCAUGACUAUGGAGACCGACAGGGUCUCGCGGGUGCUUAUCACGAGGAGGCCUGCUUCUCCCUGACCAUUCCCUUCCACCCCGAGGACCCAGCCCCAAGCAGCUUGUGUGAGUACUUCAAGGACAGCAGGAAUAUGAAGAACCUGAAGGACCCCCACCUUCGGGUCCAGCUGCUGAAGCACACAAAACGUGUCAUUUUGCACACCCUCUGUGUGUUGCCCAAGACUCAGCAUGACUUCAGCUCCUUCGUGGUGGACAUGUGGUUCCAGAUGGAAACGAUGCUCUGCUUCUCAGUCAGCGGGGUGUUCAAAGAAGUGGAAGGAAGUUCUUAGGGCUGUGUGCGUUCCUUCACUCGGACCUUCAUCACUAUCCCGGCCAGCUAUUCCAGUCUGUGCAUCGUGAAUGACGAGCUGUUUGUGAGGGAUGCCAGCUCCAGUGAGACCCAGAGUGUGUUCUCCAUCCCAGUGCCUACACCCACCUCCAGCUCCAUGCACACCCUCUCCCAGCAGCAGCAGGACAUCAUGCAGGCAUCCUCCACCCCACCUGAGAAGAACCUCUAGUGGUCUCAGAAGUGA